AUGAGGAUUUCUCACGUGGAGAAUCGCAUCGAACAGCAGAUUUCUUUGAGUGCCUUAAUUUUUCAAGCGAUUGAAAGCUUCAACAAGAUUCCAACAAAUGACAUCACUUCAAGGUUGAUUAAAGCUCGUGUUACAGCUUUAAAUGAGAAUUGGGAAAAAUUCUCUAUUUUUCAUGAAGCUAUUAUUGUAGCUGUUCGUCAGCUCAGUACAGAAGACAAGGAGUUGAUUCGAGACCACACUUAUUUUGAAGAUGAUUUCUAUGCUCGAACGUAUAAGAGAUACCUGGAUUCUCUAGACAAGAUGAAUGCUUAUCUCGAUUCGGAACUUAUUCUUCCAAGGACAUCUUCAACCCAAUCUUUCUUUCAACCUGUAUCUAAUCAACUGGCUGUUUCUCAUCACACAAGACUCCCUCGAAUCGACCUGCCGAAAUUCAGCGGAAACGCUUCUGAAUGGAUGUCCUUCAAGGACCUAUUUUCUUCUAUCAUUAUCGGAAAUGCAAGCCUCAGCCCGGUUGAAAAGUUGCAGUAUUUAAAGGCCAGUUUAACGGGCACUGCAGCUCAUCUUCUCAAGAAUACGGCUCUUACUGCGGAUAAUUUUCAAAAGGCCUGGACCGAUCUGAUUUCGUUCUAUGAAAAUAAACAAUUACUUGUGAAUUCAGCAAUUCAAUCGUUACUUUCCCUCAAGAAGAUCACUAAGGAGUCCUCCAGUGAACUCGAGCGUUUGUACACUAAUAUAAUGCAAAUCUAUCGUGCAUUGGAGACUCUACAACGCCCAGUUGAACAUUGGGAUGAUUUUCUAGUGUUCCUAACCGUUCAAAGGCUGGAUGCCGAAUCCGUGAAAGUAUGGGAGCAGCAUCUCGGUUCCACAAAAGAGCCUCCGACUUGGAGACAUUUAUCUAAACAUUUCUUAAGCGCCUGUCCGCAAUACACCUUGCAAACUACGCCACAACGAUAUUCUCUCAUCAUAAAGCACGGACUAUGCUACAAUUGUUUGGGUAAACAUCGAGUUUCAAAAUGUCCAUCAACUCGGCGAUGUCUUAAAUGUGGUAAAAAACACCAUACUACAAUUCACCGAAGAAUUCCUUCCAAGACUGAGAGUCAAACUGAACACCCACCUGCUAAAUCAUCUACCGAAACCUCAGUCAAGACGACUCCCUCGCAAGUAUUGCAUGCAGCCGUACAUUCUAGUCUGGCGUCCAUGUGCAUUCUUCUCGCCACCGCUCAAAUGUUCAUUGCCAACGAAAAUGGACGCAUCAUGAAAAUCAAAGCUCUUAUAGAUCAGGGAUCGGAAAUCAAUAUCAUUUCGGAAAAAUUGUCCAAGCUCUCAAACUUCCUCGCUCUCAGUCAAAUCAUCAAGGACGGAUUAAUAAAGGGUCCGCCGAAGACGCCUAUUGCCCAAUUAACAUCGUUUGGUUGGAUCCUCUCCGGCCCCGCUUCAUCAGAAUCCACGCAUCGUACUAUACGAAGUUACCAUAUUUCAAUGGACUCCCGAUUAUAUGACCUUCUCCACCGAUUCUGGCAACAGGAAGAGAUUAUUGCACGCCAUGAAUCUUACAUUUCCCUGGAAGAUCAACAAUGUGAGCACCACUUCAAAGAUACCCACACUCGCAACGAUCAAGGACGGUAUGUGGUACGUUUGCCCUUCAAGAAGCCCCCUCAACUUCUAGGAAAUUCUUAUAACCGAGCUUCAAGAAUGAUGGAUUCUCUUCGAAAUCGAUUUCAAGUGAGCGCAAAAUACUCAGAAACUUAUUUUAAAUUUAUGAAGGAAUAUGAAGACCUCCAGCACAUGAAGUUGAUAACCGAUAUAAACGUAGAACAUUUACAUCCAAACUUUUAUCUUUCUCAUCAUGGAAUGUGGAGGGAAAGCAGUACUACUACAAAACUACGAGUAGUUUUUAAUGGAUCGAGUCGUACAACAUCGGGAGUUUCUCUGAAUGAGAUCUUGCACACAGGUCCAAAGCUUCAAGUGGAUUUGUUCAACGUUCUUAUUUGGUUUCGGCAAUUUCGAUACGUCUUUUCUGUUGAUAUAGAAAAUAUGUAUAGACAAAUUCAAGUACACCCCGACGAUUGGAGAUUUCAACGCAUCCGAUGGUCGCAUUCCGACGAGGAUGUCAACUCUUAUGAGCUCACCACUGUUACUUAUGGAUUGAUUUGCGCACCUUAUUUAGCUCUUCGUACCAUUGCUCAGCUUAUUGAAGAUGAAGGAACCAAUUUUCCAUCAGCAGUUCCUUGCCUAACACACGGACGAUAUGUCGACGACAUUUUCGGAGGAGCAGAGUCAAUUGAUGAGGUUCACGAGAUCAUCAAUCAACUUCACCAGUUGUGCAAGGCGGGCGGCUUCCCGCUACAGAAAUGGUCCAGUAACCACGCUCAUGUCCUCCAUCAUCUUCCAUCAGAACGGUUAAGUAAUCCAAAUCCAAUACCUUUUGAUUCAGACUCCUGUGUUGCAGUACUUGGUUUACAGUGGAAACCUACUGCUGAUUGUUUUCAAUUUAGUAUAGAUCGACCUUCCACAGCCACCAUCACCAAACGUACAAUACUAUCAACUAUCGCUAAGCUUUUCGAUCCACUCGGAUUACUCUCACCUGUAAUCAUCAAGGCAAAAAUACUGAUACAAGAAUUGUGGAUAAAUAAACUCAAUUGGGAUGAGUCUUUACCAAGCCCAUUGGCAAAUCAAUGGAUAACCUUUGUUAAUGAAUUAGAAGACCUCAAAGUCAUAAGCAUUCCUCGUUGGCUUGGCAUCAAAUCGGAUCAUCAAAUUCAAUUGCACGGAUUUUGCGAUGCAUCUACUCAAGCCUUCGCAGCAUUAAUCUACCUCCGAACAGUGAACCUUGAAGAGAAAAUCAACGUUUGCUUAAUCGCCACGAAAACGAAGGUAGCACCUUUAAAGCGUCUUACAAUUCCCAGAUUAGAAUUAUCAGGAGCAGUACUCCUCACUAAACUUACCACGCACGUUCGUGAUGUUCUUAAUUUGAAAGACGUUCCUAUUUACCUGUGGACGGACUCUUCCAUUACGUUAACCUGGAUUCAAAACCAUCCGUCAAGAUGGAAAGAUUUUAUUCAAAAUCGUGUAGUUCUAAUACAAGAGAUACUACCUCAAGCUAAGUGGAAAUUCGUUUCCAGCAAGGAGAACCCGGCAGAUUUCGCCACUAGAGGCAUGUCGCCAUCGAAACUCGCGUCCCAAACUACCUGGUGGAAGAGACCAUCCUGGCUCUCACAAACAAUUGAUUGUUGGCCUGAUUGCUUCCCUUCAACUGCUACCUCGGACAAUUUUGAAGAGAGGCCCAACAAAGUUCACUCAAUCAUUACCAGUGAGCCUCAACCCCCAUGGAAUUUAUUAACCAGAUAUUCCAAUCUUAAUAAGCUCUUACGCACCACAGCUGUGUGUAAGAGAGCAGUGGGACGUUUUAAACGGAUCCCAAUCAAUCCCCAAGGGCCACUCAGCACGACUGAACUGGAGUCAGCUAAGCUCUAUUGGAUCAACAGCAUUCAACAGCAACACUUCGCUCACGAAAUUAAGCUCUUAACACUAGGAGGUUUUCUUCCCAAGUCGAACUCUCUCACCAAGUUGACUCCAUUCAUUGACUCAUCUGGGUUCUUACGAACGGGCGGUCGACUUCAGAAUUCAACGUUACCUCCGGAAAGUAAACAUCUUUUAAUCCUACCGAAACGAUCUCCAUUAACUGAACUCAUUAUCAAGGAUGCUCAUAUCAGGUCUUGUCACGGAGGCACACAAAUAACGUCCACCAUCCUUCGAAAUUCCUAUUGGAUUAUUGGAGGUCGGUUGCCUAUAAAGAAUUUCAUCCUGCGUUGCGUCAUUUGCACGAGAUAUAGACAGAAGAGAGCUCAACAGCUCAUGGGACAGCUCCCCCCUGAACGAGUAACACCGACUUCACGCCCAUUCAUCAAUACUGGAAUUGACUACGCUGGCCCCCUUCUUAUCAAGACCUGGAAAGGAAGAAAUGCACGGCAGUACAAAGCGUACAUUGCCGUAUUUGUUUGUUUUGCCACUUCAGCAACGCAUCUCGAGCUAGUAUCCGAUUAUUCCGCUGACGCCUUUGUAGCUGCAUAUAAAAGGUUUACUGCUCGACGAGGCAUCUGCACUAACUUGUUUAGUGAUUGCGGCACUAAUUUGAUAGGAGCUAACACGGAGUUAAAAGAGUUACUUUCUGAAGCGUCUCAAGAACAUACGAAGUUGGCCUCCUUACUUGCCAAUGACGGCACACAAUGGCAUUUCAACCCGCCUAGUGCUCCUCACUUUGGUGGCAAGUGGGAGGCAGCUGUAAAAUCGGUUAAAUUUCACUUAAAAAGAGUCCUUGGCAAUCAUCUUCUUACCUUCGAGGAAAUGACAACCCUAUUAAUCCAAAUCGAAGCGGUUCUGAAUUCGAGACCUUUGUCUCCCCUUUCUGAUGAUCCAGAGGACCUAGCCGCAUUGACACCUGGACAUUUUCUUCUAGGACACGCACCUACAGUUCUACCAGAGCCUUCUCUUGAACACAUUAAUAUGUCACGUUUAUCCAGAUGGCAACUGUUACGACAAAUGUUGGAAGGCUUCUGGUCCCGAUGGUCUAAAGAAUGUCUUCAGCGAUUCCACGACACUUCGAAAUGGAAUCAUCCAACACCUUCUUUGAAGAACGAAGACAUGGUACUAGUUAUUGACGAGAGGUAUCCACCCUUUAAAUGGCCUCUCGGUCGGAUCAUAGAAACACAUCCCGGAACAGACGGCCAUACUCGAGUAGUCACGGUGAAGACGCAGAUUACCACCUUGAAACGACCCAUCGUAAAACUCUGCCCAUUGCCCAUACACCACAAGUCCUCGGUUUGUUCGUUAAGCCAAAUUAACGAAGGCGGGCGGUAA